GGAAUUGCUAGUCUUUUGUCAAAAUAUCGAGUUAUAACUUGCCCUAAGACGCUGAUACCUCUAGUGUUGGAACCAUCUAAUUUUGUAAUGACCCCCAAAGGUGGAAUGUGGUUAAAAUUAGAGAAAGUGUAACAAGCAAUUUCAGAAUAAAAAGAUAAUUAAACAACUUGGAUAAAAUAAAAUAACCAUUUAAAAAUUUUAUAACUAUGUAAUUGAAAUAAAAUGACCCGUUCAUGUUCGUUUACUAAACAAUGUUGUCUCAAAAAAGAAAAGAUGCUGUAUCUGCAAUUUUGUUUAUGGUUUUUGUAUGGAAAAAAAUCGAAAUGUUUUUCUGCGUAGAAAUGACCGUGUAGCAAAGUUAUAAAUUCCUUUUUUCGUAUCAUCGUGCAUUCAAAAAGACACGAUCAUUAAAGACAAAUUUUGUACAUCCACAACACAAUCAUCAGAGGUGAUUAGACUUUCCACGUGCGUGAUUCUCAAACAUGACAUGUUGAUCAAAAAUUGAUGCAUGAUUUUGCUUCUGUUGAUCAUGCAUGACUUUUCAGAAAAUAUUGUCAAGUAGCGACAAAAAGAAAAAUCAAAACAUAUUUACUUCUACAAUACAAUCUUAUCUCCUGGUUUACCAAUCACUUGAAAACUACGCAUACAGUUGAACUUCAGCAAUAUAAAGUCGCGAUCUUGCCAAAUUUUAAAUAUUCGAAGUGUAACUGUGAAGUUGGAAAGGGUGCCAUUAAAUUCUUGUCCACAAUAUGGAUUUGAACUUGGUUCUUGUGACUGUAGUCACCCUGCUUGUUGCAGGAUACCUCUAUGUGAAGAAGAAGUAUCAAUAUUGGGAGGAAAGAGGAGUCCCAUACGUGAAGCCUCAAUUCCCUUUUGGAAAUAUUAAAGGAAUGGGAGGUUCUAAGCAUACUAGUAAACUAUUUGCUGAUAUAUAUAAACAACUCAAGGGUCAAGACGUUUUCGGAGGGAUAUACUUCUUCACCAAGCCGGCUAUAAUCCCAUUGGAUUUAGAGUUCUUGAAAAAUAUUCUGGUUAAAGACUUCCAAUACUUCCAUGAUCGUGGAGUCUACGUCAAUGAAAAAGAUGAUCCUCUAUCUGGGCAUUUAUUCGCUUUGUCAGGACAGCGUUGGAAGAAUUUGAGAAACAAACUGAGCCCUACCUUUACAUCUGGAAAGAUGAAGAUGAUGCACAGUACGAUCAUUGCAGUUGCUAAAGAGUUUCAGAAAUAUUUGGAGCCUAUUGCACAAAAGAAUCAAGAAGUUGAAAUCAAGGACAUCUUAUCGCGUUUCACUACAGAUGUGAUUGGAAAUUGUGCUUUUGGUAUUGAGUGCAACAGUUUGAAAGAACCCGAUACGGAAUUCCGGAGAGUGGGGAAGAGAGUGUUCGAGUUUACAGGGUUUCAAUUCGUGCGAGUUUUCUUUUUGGCAAUGUUCCAAAAUUUUGGAAGAGCCCUCAAAUUAAAAAUUACUAAACCUGAAGUUUCCGAAUUCUUUAUGAGACUUCUUAAAGAAACAACAGACUAUAGAGAUAAAAACAAUAUUAAGCGAAACGAUUUUUUGUCGCUCCUUAUGCAGAUUAUGAAGACAGGAAAGCUUGAGGGUGAUGAUACUGAUUUGGGAAAAAUGACUUUUGAAGAAUUGGCAGCUCAAACUUUCUUAUUCUUUAUUGCUGGAUACGAAACUUCUUCUUCUACCAUGACUUUUGCCUUAUACGAGUUGGCACAGCAUCAAGAUAUUCAGGAUCGCGCAAGAGAAGAAGUUAACAAAGUUUUAGCGAAAUACAAUGGAGAAUACACUUACGAAGCUUGUAUGGAGUUGAAGUACAUCGACCAAAUUAUUCAUGAGUCUCUGAGGAAGCAUCCAAUUGUGGACAGUCUUCUACGAAGCUGUGGACAAGAUUACAAUGUUCCCGGUACAAAGCAUGUAAUUGAGAAGGGAACGUUCGUUAACAUUUCGGUUUAUGCUAUUCAUCAUGACCCAGAUAUCUAUCCAGAUCCAGAGAAAUUCGAUCCUGAUAGAUUUACAGAGGAAAAUGUGAAGAACAGACAUCCAUAUGCUUGGCUACCAUUCGGAGAGGGUCCAAGGAUUUGUGUUGGAAUGCGAUUUGGUAUGAUGCAAACUAGGGUGGGACUAGCAAAUAUUCUUUCAAAAUACCGCGUUAAAUUAUCUCCGAAAACUCCAGUUCCACUUGUCUUGGAUACAACUAAUGCAGUCAUGUCACCUAAGGGAGGAAUGUGGCUGAGAUUAGAAAAGGUUUAAUGAAAGCCUAUAAUAGCCAUGAUUUUACCCAGUCAUCUGAUACUUUCAGUUAGAUAAGAAAAAGACAUUAGACAAAAGGUGUAUGGAAAAUUCAAUAUCACAAAUUAAAAUGAAAUAGCAACAAUUAUGCUUGAUCACGAUGAAUAAGAAUUAAAGUUUCUUAAACAGAAAAAA